AUGAAUACAAUGAAAGGCAUAGAUUUAGAUGAAGUAUUUCCUUUUAUUGAUCCAAAUCCCGCUUUUGAAGCCGAUAUUCUUAAAAGAGCUAAAAUCCAGUUAGAUUCUGCUAAAACAUUUGGUGCAAUUUCAGAUUUAAUGGCAAGUUUAGCUCGGCACUUCUCGGCAAUUCAAAAUGAAUUAGCCCAACUCGUUAAAAGUCUCAGUAUCCUUAAUGUUGAAGAUCCAUACACAAGCUUACUCGAAAACUUCAGUCAAAUGUUCAACAUUUGGGGUCGCCAGUUCGUUUCCCAAUCAAAUCUUUCAUUGCAAAUCAUCAGAACAGUUGUUCUUCCAAACAUCGAAAAACUAAACACAGAUUAUCAAGAACAAAUAAAUCAUUACGGUAGAAGUGCGGAAAAUCUCGGUGUCUUUGAGAAGAAGAACAAAGCAGAAGAUGCUUCAUCUGCUGAGACUGCUUUUAUUAAAGCAGCUAUCUCCAGAUCUGGACAUUUGUAUUCUUUACAUAAUCAAGUUACGUUAGCUGAGAAAACCAGCUCAAGAGCAGUUUCCUUAGCAAUUGCUCAAUUUAUCACGCUUACAGCCAACUUAAUGAGCCAAUAUAUCACAGAAAAUCGCAAUACAAUCUUAUUUACUCAGAAUUCCGUCUUCGAAAUGCAAUCAGCCGUUAAGCUCCUACUCCUUCAGCGCAUCGGAUCCGAUCCUGAUAACAACCCAGCAACAACUGCUUCAUCGACUUAUUGGGAUAUGCGUUUCUCAGCAAACUCUCCAACGGUUGAAGAUCUUACAAAGCCUGCCGGAUCCGUCUGGGUCAAAGAGGCUCAUCCGAUUCGCUCAUCUGUUUGGACAAGGAAGUAUUUGACGUUCGAAGAUUCAUUGCUUGUUGCACAUAAGAUUUCGGAUGAUGACCAAGACAAACAAUGGCUACUCCCUCUUGUUACAGUUACACCACUCGAUAAAACCCGUCGUUUCGCUUUUAAGAUCCAAUCUCCUCAAGAACUCAUCGAAAUACAAGCUCUUUCUAAACUGGAUAUGGAAGAAUGGCUUACGGUCUUUACAAACCAUAACUUCAAAGUACUCGGACAAGAAGAGAACAAAGCAUCUAAGAAAUGUUGCGAUUGCGGAGCUUCUGAUGCCACAUGGAUCUCUCUUAACUGGGCCUGUGACCUCUGCCUUAAAUGUUCCGGCAGCCAUCGUCACAUGUCAACGACGAAUUCGAAGAUCAGAUCUAUUACAUUGGAUAAACUCUCUCCUAUGGUCGUAGACAUGAUGACAGAAUUGGAGGGAGACUGUAACAGGCUCUUGCUCGCGAAGACUCCAAAGGAUAAAAUCAAUUCCAGAUCAGAAGACACCGUAAGAGACCAAUACAUCACUCGCAAGUACGUAAACUUCGAAUGGGCUUCAUCUGAACCUGUUCCAGACCCAUUCACCACAAUUUUGAAUCAUAAUAUUCACGCUCUUUUCCACGCCGCUCAUUUUGGAAAAAUCGAUGAACUCGACCAAGGAAUAACACCUCUACAUGCUGCAUGUUCGAUCGGCGAUAAGAAUGCCGUUUGUCUUUUGACUUAUUGCGUUCAAUCAAUGAACGUAAGGGAUCCAAGAGGCUGGACGCCGCUUUGUUAUGCAGUAUUCUUCCAACACGUAGAGAUUAUUCAGUUCUUGCUCGCAAACGGCGCGGAUGCAAAGGAUGUCGGUAUAAAUCUGUACCAACUCGCCAUAGCAACAAAGAAUAUGAAGGUCGCAAGAAUGAUUCUCAUCGUUGCCAACCCAUUGAGAAACGAUGAGAACGUUUUCCAGCCAAUUACCCUCAAAUACGCUCCUCCAGGAACUCCUGAAAACUACAAGUUGAUACUCAAGCCUACUACAACUUGA